GCUCAUCAUAGACUGAUCUUCUUUGGUUCGAAGAAAAUUCUGUGAGAAGAUUGUCAUAUAUAUUUCGCUUUCAGUAGUUUAUUAGUUUAUAGUUAAUUCUAAAGUUACCAUCAUAGUAAUUAAACGUUGGUUUGAGUUAGGAUAACUCAAAGUUACGAUCGAACGAAUUCCCGGCUACCUGAACAAGGACGACCUAUAUAACCGUGAGCAAAGGAAGUGUUCUCGAACCAAAGGUUUUCGUGCCGAGUCUACCCAAGGUCCUUCAAAUAUACUUUCAGAGUAUUUGUGAAUGACCUUGAGUCUUCCUGAAGCGAGGUCAUUAGAGGAUGACAAGCGGAAGAGACCGACAGUGAGUUGCGCAGGUGGAGUCGUUCGCUGCCGUAACAAAACAUCCGACAGUCUGCGUUCGACUUCCGAUAAGGAUACUAUGUUUUUAACGAAAGUUUCCGAAUAGAAUCCUUUCUUAAUUUGCUGACGUUCGUUGUGGAUUCUCGUGUUUAUUGUUAUUUUUAUCUUUGUACUUGAAGAGGGCUGUCGUUUCCCUUGUUAUGUUUUGUUGAAUUUCAAGACAGCAGUUAUAAACUCCUCACCAUGAGCGUCCUUCUCCUAUUGGCGGCUGUCCUCCCGUCCUUCGGGAGUGGCUCUCCCUCUCCUACGACGACCACCUUCCUUCGGGUAGCCGACGACCUGGAGAGUCCUACGUCCUCAGACAUCUCGAACGUGACCCUGACGACCUGCGGGAUCGAAUGCUUCAAAGCUGGAGUCGAGAAGUGCUUGGGAUUCCAGUGGAAGCCUUAUACUGUCGAAACGAACGCAGCCGAAACGGCUUCAGCUUCGUCAUCGUCUUCCACAGCGGAGGACUGCACCAAACCGCCCAUCGUAGGAUCGGACGCCCACGGGCAAUGCGGAUUCUUGGAGUGUGUGCCGAAGCCUUCUUCUUUAGUUGUCGCGGCAGGAUCCCAGAUCUACCUCUUCCGGGGGAAGGGGAAUUUGACGUACGGUUCUCUCAUUGCUCCCAAGAGCUACAGAAUGGCCUGCACUUAUGCCUACAGGAUUUUCGACAAGAUGAAGAUGACCUACGCAGAAGCAGAAACUCAGUGCCAGAUGGACGGUGCCAAGCUGAUGCCAGUCAAGAACCCUGAAGAACAGGCCCUUCUCUCAGGGCAGGUUCUCUACGGCGAAGGAUACUGGAUUGGUCUAACAGAUAAGGAAUCAGAGGGACGCUUCGUUGAUUCUGACGGGAAGCUGCCUACGUACACGAACUGGGACUCCGGGCAGCCUAACAAUUUCGCCAAGAACGGCGAAGACCAAGACUGCGUGAUGCUCUUCCAGAAGAAGUGGAACGACAACCAGUGCAGCACUAGACUCAACUUCGUCUGCCAGAUUUCCUUCCUGGAGUUGUGAGGUGGAGGAAAGAGAUUCGUGAAAUUACUGUUUUCAAACGUCAGGGCUUCUCGUAAUCAUGAUAAUGAGAUAAGCUCCCCUGACAUUCUCCAAUGGGAUUGAAUUGUAGGAAGACGAUCUUGAUUGCACUAGUACCAAGCCUGCUUUUUCUGUAAACUGGCCUCUCUCUCUC